CGCCCCUCCGCGGGGCCCCGCGCAGCGCCCGCCUCCCGCUCCCCUCCCCAAGUGGAUGCUCGAACUGAAAGUGAAAAAUAGCAAAACAAACAAACAAACAAAAAAAAAAAACACCAAGCACACACAAAAUAAUCAUCCAACAACAACAACAAAACAGACCCAAGAGCACGGGGCCGGUGGCACAUCGGGCGGGAUGGAUUUUUGCGGGUCCUUACUUAGGUCCCUCUGCUCGGCAGGAGCGAGGUGGGAAGGCGCUGCGAGGUCUGCUCUGCUGGCCAGGCUGGGGCAGGACGGAGCCUGGCGUGGGCCACCACCAGCCCCCUGCACCGGGUUUGGGCACUGCAGCAGUCACCGUGAAGAAGAGUAAGGAUGGAGUGGGACAGCACUGUGGCAAGGGCUGAAGACUUUCAACAAGCUGGCCUGCCUGAUGCCUAGCUCUAUCUGUCUGUGGGUGCCCUGCGGGCCUAACAGUGCGGCAUGAUCAGGACGAGGAGGAAGAAACUGUGGGCAUCUUGUUUCUGCUUUGCAGCCGCCUUUUUCCUCGUGGUGACAUUCCAGGUUAUCACUGAACUGAGCGAUUCAGAGAAUAAGGCGGCAGUAGUCUCCAGUUUACACAGUGGUCCACUGAAGCCUGAGGAGAGACGUGAUCUCCAGUUUAAGAACGAACUUGACAGCAACUUCAGGACAGAGUCUGAUGCAAACCAUUACCCCAUCCUGCUCUGGUGGUCUCCCCUGACUGGAGAUACAGGGAGACUGGGUCAAUGUGGAGAGGAUGUUUGCUUCUUUACUAUCAACAAGACCUACCAGCACAAUCAGAUGACAAGAGCGUUUCUGUUCUAUGGCACUGACUUCAGUAUAGACAGCCUACCACUCCCUCGAAAAGACCAUCAUGACUGGGCCCUUUUCCAUGAAGAGUCACCAAAAAACAACUACAAACUCUUCCACGAACCAGCUAUCACCUUAUUCAACCACACCGCGACCUUCAGCCGUCAUUCUCACCUACCGCUGACCACUCAGUACCUUGAGGGUGUGGAGGUCCUCAAGUCCUUGAGGCACAUGAUCCCACUGCAAAUGAAGAACAGCCUGAGGAAGCAGCUUGCACCACUCGUGUACGUGCAGUCUGACUGCAACCCUCCUUCUGACCGGGACAGCUACGUGCGUGAGCUGAUGUGCCACAUCGAAGUCGACUCUUAUGGGGAAUGUCUGCACAACAGAGACCUUCCCCAGCAUCUCAGAAAUCCAGCUGCCAUGGAUGACGGGAACUUCUUUAAAAUACUGGCACAAUACAAGUUCAUUCUUGCGUUUGAAAAUGCUAUCUGUGAAGAUUACAUCACUGAAAAGCUCUGGCGGCCACUGAAGCUGGGAGUGGUACCAGUGUACUUUGGGUCUCCCAGCAUUGUAGACUGGCUUCCCAGCAACAAGAGCGCAAUCUUGGUGUCUAGUUUUUCACACCCUAGGGAGCUGGCCCACUAUAUCAAAACACUAGACAAAAAUGAUCAAGAAUAUGAGGCCUUCCUGGAAUGGAAACUGAAAGGCGACAUUUCCAAUCCAAGGCUGCUUACAGCGAUGAAGGAGCGCAAAUGGGGAGUGCAAGAUAUCACCCAGGACAAUUACAUUGACACAUUUGAGUGCAUGGUGUGUAACAGAGUGUGGGAAAACAUCAGGAGGGAAGAAAAGGGAUGGCUACCUCAGAGGUGGAGUGCUCAGGUUAACCAUCUGAGCUGCCCCAAACCCGAGGCUUUCUCAUUCUCAUCUUCAAACCCUGGCCGGAAUUCCCUGCAGGAGAUGUGGAUAGCAAGUUUUGAGCAAUCCAAGAAGGAAGCCUGGGCACUGAGGCAGCUGGUGGAAAGGAACAGGAAUUUUACAUCUCAAGAAUUUUGGAUGCUUGUAUUCAAAGAAUAAAUGCACCAGCCUGUAAAACAAAGUGACCUUCUUAGAGGAAUCUACAAAAUUUUCUUUUUGCAGGUGGCCUUAUUGUACGUAGGAUUGUAAACCACAGGAAGUAGACCUAUAAGACUGAAUUUAGUAUGCUUAGUGCACAAGGAGUAUAAGGAAUGCUAAGAAGAAGAAUCACCCUACUGGUUGAUAGGAGUAUGUGCGUGUAUGCUAAUUGUCAUUAAUUCAUGUGUUUUAGCAUUGCAGCACAAGUUUAUCAAGGUUCUCCGGGCCCAGUGUCAAGCACAGAUCUAGUCAUUGUGAAGUGUGUGGAUCUCCCUCCAUCUUUAGGUAUGUGCCUGAGUUCAUAGCCUCAGGACCCUUUUCUUCCCCAGUCCAGGAUCCUCUUUCGCUGCAUUGGUAUCCAUGAGUUGGAGAGCAGAUGAUGCCAUUACACUGCUACAGCUUCUGUGCUGCUUUGGAUGUAGAGAAAAGAUUGGGACGGUGUCCCUGGCUAGUUGUUUGUUAUCAAUUUCCCUGGCAUCAGCAGAUUUAGCAGGGACUUGGCGAGCUUUGUGUCCUGACACUGAAUGCCAAUGUAAAGUGCAUUAGUACUUGGCACAGGAAAGCACCAUCUGUUAGUGUCCAGGGACAGAUUGAAUGAAAAACGUGCUGGCUCAGAUUUAUCCACCAUCUUCUGCUAAAAAUAAGCAGAACACAUGAAUAUCUCCACUCCACAGAAAUAGGGCUGGCCUCAAUAUCACUUACCUUCUUGCCUUUUUGAUGAUAGACUAAUUUUUUUAUCAUAUAUAAACAUGGAAUUAUGGCUUUGAAAAGUCAGGGAUAAAACUGAAAACUGGUGCUGAAAAGUAUUCAAAAAGCACAAGGAAAAGCAGGCAAACAACCUACAUGUUUUAACAUGGAGAACCCCAGAUUACUUUAUCUGACAAAAAAUAAUAAAAAAUUGGUGAUAUUGGUCAUCACUUG